CGUCACUAAGCUACCUUCCUCCCAGCUUUCAGCAAUGAGCGCCAUGUCUUCAUUUACAAUUCAGUUCAUAGGGUUGACCAUCUCUUUCGUGCAACUAGGUGUUGCUGCUGCCCAGGGCUUCUGUUAUUAUCGAGCCUUCCCUUGUGACAAACUGCUUCUCAAGUAUCUCGUUGUCACUGUCUUGAUUCUGAAUACCAUCGGGGCGAUAUUGACCAGUUUCAUGUACUGGUCGUUCUUUUACAAUUGUUUUCGAAGUACAUCCCCGAGGUGUCAGGCAUGGGACAUGGCGGCGAUGAUCCUUCUCUUUGUGAAUUAUACCUUACCAUUCAUCGUGCAAAGUUUUUAUUGUCAUCGUGUAUGGAUAAUCAGCGGCAAAAACUUCUACGUCACUAUACCGAUAAUUUUGUUUACAGCUUCGUCUUAUGUGUUCGGUUUGAUACUUAUUCCACCGCAGGAGGACGGGGCUUUCUCGAACCACGCAAUACUCAAAAUCUCUGUUGCAAGAGCAGUUCAGACCGUUUUGUGUGACUCCAUGAUCAGUCUUUCCGUCUACUUUUACCUACGCUCUGGAAGAUCUGGUGUCCACCGCACGGAUACUCGUAUCCAGAGCAUAACUAAGAAUUUCACCAGCAUGGGCUUUCUUGUGAGUUUGUUGGCUAUCAGCAUAUGCAUCUUGUUCUGGGCAAACUCGUCUGUUGCCAUCGCAGGGGUAGCCACGGUUCUCAGAAGCUCAUAUGCAAAUUCGUUACUGUCCACACUCAACGCCAGGAAGCAACCCGAUAGGCUUCCAACGAUGGAAAUCGAACUUCCAACGAUUUCAGGGCACAUUUCGAGAUAAAGUGGCUACCCUGCAAUAUGUGUCAUCUUUAUGUAUUCAUUGCAUGCAAUGCAAGUCAGUGGAACACCACAUCUACUACCAGUAGUUCCGGCGCCAGCAUAUGCAACUACCUCCAAUAGACUGCUCUUCCCAGCUGUCGAAUAGAGACCUCAGAUGUUCACAUCACUCAGUCAACAUUGUAUACAACGAAUUAUCAUUGAGCCUUCUCCAUACAAGUUGCUGCCCGUGUCCCUCGAUCAUUUCGAAUGGGGGUCGUCCAAUAUCCACGGGUAGUGGAUAUAAGAUUGCAGUAGAAUACUGCAUGCACGCAGGAACUGUAGCGGAGCCGGAGUGACGGAUGGAAACCGGUUUGGUUUCAGAUACAAGUACAAUAUACAGGCUGGUGUCAUAUUUAUACAUAAUCAUGGCUGGUG